UACAUCACUAGCGGACAUUUGAAUUUAUCGACUAGAACGCGGCCAGUUAACCGAGAUGACGGUUAAUCGGGGUUAGGAUAAUUGAUGCUCUACUGUAUUAUUGUUAUUUUUAUCUAUUCACGCACUGUUGAGAUUCAGAUUAGUUUGCCAGGUUUGCAUUUUAUGCUGUAUAUGGCAGUAAAUAUGAAACAAAAAUUGCAUGACGAGUUAACCAAAGCCUUUUCAAAUACUGUAUACAUUUAAUUCAAUACCUGUUACUGGUAAAUUGAUUAAAAACGCAUAGGCACUUCUUAAUGGCUGGAAGCUAAAUAUUUAUUUGUAACCAUUACCGGUAUGUUUAUAUAUUCACAUAUUAAACGCUUAGAAACGAUUAUAUUUAUAUAUAUUAUAAAUUUAUUCUAGGAAACAUUUGAAGUCAUUGACAAUUACAAUAAAAUAGAAAAUUUAGAAAUGCUUACAGGAAUUUCGUCUGAUAAAGAAAUUGCUGAAAAUAAGAUGGACUUAGAGACUGAUGUUUGUUAUGAUGAUAAAAUAUUCGAAAGUAUUCAAACUGAUAUGUGUGAUAAUAUUGAAGAUAGUAACAACAGUAAUGAGGAAAAUGAAAAUAAGAACAUAUCACGUGACAAUGAAGAAGUUGGAGCGAUAGGAUUUUCAGUCUAUAAAGAAUAUUUUUAUGCUGGAUCAGGUUUUCUCUUCAGGAUAUUCUUAUUACUAAUUUUAGUUGUAGCACAAUCUUUUGCAACUUUCAGCGAUUAUUGGCUUGUCAAAUGGUUGAAUAGCAAACAGCUCUAUACAGAAAAUGUAAAUAAUAUUGCAAAUAUGACGUUUAAGUCGACAAUAUUUAAUAAGAGUGAAGAUCAAGGUUUAUAUUAUAGUGAAGAAUAUAAUGUAUAUGUUUACUUCGGACUAAUAUGUGCAGUGUUUUUUACAAUGACGCUUUCUGUAUUAUUGUUGUAUAAUUUUUUCGUCGCUGCAUCUGUAGAGCUGCACAAGAAUAUGUUCCAUUGUAUUAUUCGAACUCCGAUUUCAUUUUUGGAUAACAAUCCUGUUGGAAAAAUUUUAAAUCGGUUUUCCAAAGACGUAAAUAACUCGGAUGACCUCUUACCUAUCAAUUUUUAUAUUUCGUUAAAAACAUUUUCUCUGAUCGCUGGAAUAUGUGUUCUUCAAGCAAUCCUGUGUCCUUACGUUCUCAUAUUGAUGUUGUUGCUUUCAAUAAUAUUUUAUGCUAUAUCGACGAUUCACAGCCGUGUGCUGAAAGGUAUAAAACUUAUGGAAGGAAAAUCAAGAAGUCCAGUAUUUUCUCAUCUCAGUGUAUCUCUUUAUGGACUGACAACAAUUAGAGCAUUUGAAGCUGAACAUAAAUUUAAAUCCACUUUUAGUAAGUAUCAGGAUAAGCACACUGCAACGUGGAUUGUUUACCUCGCAUUAAAUCGAUGCCUUUCUGUAUAUGGUUACAUCAUCUGUUACAUAAAUGUACUUAUUACUGUUAUUAUUUUCAUUUUAUCGAUUUAUCCAGAUGAUGCAGGAAGCCAAAUUGGACUCGUUAUGAGUUAUGGAGUAUUAUUUGUUUUGUACUUUCCCCUCCUUAUUAGAUAUUCAUCUGAAGUAAAUUUUCAGAUGAAUUCUGUAAAACGUAUACUGAAUUACAGCAAAUUAAAAUCAGAAGCAUCUUACGAAAGUUCGUGUGAUAAAAAACCACCGGCGGAUUGGCCACAAAAAGGAGAAAUUCAUUUUGAUAAUGUUUCUUUACAAUAUUCCAAGGAUAAAAAUAUUGUUUUGAAGAAUUUAACAUUUUGUAUUCAUCCGGGAGAAAAGAUAGGAAUUGUUGGGAGAACAGGAGCGGGAAAAAGUUCUAUAAUUGCUUCGUUAUUUCGCAUGAUAGAGCCAUCAGGAACAAUAACCAUCGACGGAAUUGACACAAAAGAUAUUGGUCUUCGAGAUCUACGUAGUAAAAUAUCUAUCAUUCCUCAAGAUCCAAUGUUAUUUAACGGUCCACUUCGAAGAAAUAUCGAUCCUUUCAAUGAAUAUUCAGAAGAAAAACUUUGGCAAGCUAUAGAAGAGGUGCAAUUAAAAGAAGUUAUCAGUACGUUGCCUGGAGGAUUGGAUACACAUUUAUCAGAAGGAGGACGAAAUUUCAGCGUAGGGGAAAGACAGUUAAUUUGUCUUGCGAGAACGAUUCUUCGCCAGAAUAAAAUACUUGUCAUGGACGAAGCAACAGCCAAUAUAGAUAAAAGAACUGAUUCCUGCAUACAGAAAAUAAUUCGAGAAAAAUUCAAAUCGUGUACCGUGUUGACAAUAGCCCAUAGAUUACAUACAAUUAUCGAUUCGGACAGAAUACUGGUUUUAGUUAAUGGAAAACUUGAAGAAUUUGAUAUGCCUUAUAAAUUACUGAAGAAUGUGAAUGGUACUUUUUAUAAUUUGAUAAAAAGCACGGGAGUUACUUCAAUGGACUAACUAUUUAAAAUUGCUGAAAAUAAAUAUAAUGUUCAAUAAUGUAUGAAAAGAACGAGAUUAUAAAACAAUGGAUUUUCCUCGAUACCUUUUGUAGAUUUCGUGUUGUUUUUAUAUUAACCACUAUUCGGAAUCAUCUGUUUUAAGUGCAGUUUCCGCAUGUUAUCCAGGAUAUAACAUUGUUAAAAUCUUUAGUAAAAACUAUUAAAACUUAAGCAGUAUUUGUGAUUCCUACUGUUAAAUUUAUAUAUGUUGAAUAUUAACGUAAUCAGUAAUAUUUUGACAAUGUUGUUGAAACUUUUAGAAUAGUUUAUUUUCAGAAAAUAAGUAAAUUUUAAAGAAAUAUAAACAAGAAAAAGUAGUUA